AUGACUAAUGCGACAUCGAACAGCUCUGAAAGCAGACGAGAUGAGAUCGAGAACACCGUGACCACUUCAGCGCAUUUUCACACGUUAUUGAUGCCGGAAAAGAAAAAGCCGGACUCAGCUCCUACAGAUUCAGAUUCAGACUCGGGAGUUGGUAGUAAUAGCGAAUCAUUUUUUUCGUAUACAAAUCUUCCGGAUAUCAAGCUGAAUGUAUCAACAGAUGGGUCCGUACCUCCAAAUUGGGUUGGGCCUACAAUCGGAGAUUUUACAGACACAGCAUGCUAUCGUAAGACGCACGAAAUGAACUCAUAUGGCGGGUGUCCGCGAGGGUAUUAUGCCUCUGGACAGAAAUGCUGGGCUCAGUGUCCUAUUUCCUACCCUGUCGAAUGUUUUCUUGAAUGCAUCCCGGAGAACGACAACUGCGUAUUAGAAAUCAUGGCCAAGGUUACAAAUCCGGGUUACGUCGUACUCAGUGUCGCAACCUCGGGAUUAUUUCACGCACUGUUCGAAACGUCUAAAGUGAUGCAGAAAAGUCUCAUGUGUGUCUUCAACCUGUUCAAUAUUGCUGAAGGCAUCUCGCGCUACAUUCGGAAUCAGCAAAUGACGACACCGAACGGGACCAAGGAGGAGAUUCUUACGGCCGUAUACCAAACAGACCUCUUUCUUGUGGAUCUCCCUGUUGCCAUAACUGCUUGCAUGGGACACACCGUCCCGCGAUAUGCGUACUGGGCUGACACAAUCGUAACCUCGUCGGAAAUUUUUGUCAAGCAGCUAUUGACCAACCGAAAUAUGAUUAUGAGCUCCGUGGAUUCUUUCCUCCUGUUCAUUCGAAACUCGUCUUUUAGUAAAACUGCAAACGAGUUAAAUGCUGAGACCAUAGCAAAUCUCACAGCAUUGAUCGAUUCUGGCUCCAAGUGUGGGUUUGAACUGAAGCGACUUGCAGACCGCGUGAUUAUCAAAGUAGGUGACAUGCGGGAAAAGAACCCAUGGGCUACGAAUGAAGAUAUUCGUGCGGAAAUGAGUCAGUCUUCAAUCGUGCUCGAGAAUGUUCCAACUGUCACGAACAAUUGCAUGGGUGAAUUACUGACGACCAAAAAGCCGUACGCUGCUUACCAAACGCGUGAUGUCUUGCGAAAGACUUUGAGCGUAAUAAUCGAUCAAUUGAUCGAUAAAUCGACUACAGAUAUGGGUGUAACCAUGUCAAAACUCGAUUACUGGACGUCUAUAUCUAAUAUGGGCCUUCUCGCAUUAUCAGCGCUUGAUCCCACGGGUAUUGCUUAUACGGCGUUUAAUUAUGUUCAGUCGGUAUGUGGUCCGACCGAGUUCAUUGGUGAGAUUGACGAUGGAUCUGCUAAGGAUGCAUUGGGUCUUACAAUGAGAGACAAGGCAUUUUAUAACAGUCAUGGCACGUGGACCAAAAAGGGCGAUGGCAAAGUUGAGCUUAAGUUUGUCAGUACCGACACCAAGAAUGUCGAUGUAGACAUUUAUUCGGGUGGCAGGAUUUUUGCUUCCGUUCGAGUAAACAGUGGGCAAAAUGUGACAUGGACAUCAACGGUAAAAGAGCUACAGGAGAAAACGUUGUAUUUGGAACGUUGGCGACCAAGUUUUCUAGGGAUUCCGAUAAAAGGUAGCGGUUCUCUUCUGCUUUGGGUGCCGCGAUCAUCUGAAGGUGGCCAUCUCGAAAUGACGGAUACACAACGUCGAGAUUUUCUACAUACACUAUUUCAGCCAAUCCAAUACAACGGCGCAAGCAUUCAACAAAGUAUGCCUCCACCCCCCGAUCAUGACGCUUCUUUGCCUUGA